ACGAAAUCAACGCAGAAACAUGGCGGCGAGCUGCCGUGCUGUCGCCGUCUGCGACAGCGGCUGCAGCGGCGGAGACGGAAGGAGUGGAGCUUCGUACGCGCAACAAUUUUGAAGAAGAAGGAAAAGGGCUUCAGUUUCGCCAGGGUUUGAACCUCGUGGUGGGGGGUUCGGACCGCUUCCGCGAACCUUCUCCUCCGCCGCCGAUGGCUUAUCGGAUCAACGCCGUCGCAUCGCUGGCGAUUAUAGCCCUCUGCAUGCGUCAAGCGUCGGCCAUCAACUGCUACACGUGCAGCAGCGUGAACGGCACCAACCCAAACUGCCACGACCCGUUCCACCCGGCGCAUGCGCGCUACGUGGUCGACUGCACCGUGCCUAAGGACGGUCACGUGGGACGGUUCCCGGCACACUUCUGCGUCAAGGUAGUCGGCAGGACCAUGGACACCAACAUCGAGCUGGUGAUCAGGAUCUGCUCCCUGGAGACCAUGGACAAUUCGUGCGGCGUCUUCCGGUACGGGGACGACGUUCUGCGCGGUUGCAUCUUGACGUGCAACAACGACGGCUGCAACGCGGCGCCGCCCCGUCUUCGAGGCCACGCCUCCUCGUGGUUGCUGCUUCACUUCCUAUUGGCCGCCCUUGCCUCUUCCAGCAAAGUGCCGCUGACGUAUCCCCCGUGAUGGCCGGACUAUACCGAGUGAGGGAUACGCGAAAUCACUCCCGGCAUACAACUGUAGCCGAGCCAGCGCCGUACUCUGAGUGACGCCCUAGUGUCUUGCAUCUGUUGUGUACCACUUUGUGUCUCACUUAGCCUUGCGCAGCUGAAUGAUCCCGAUUGGGGAGAUAAUGGCCGAUUAGCGAUUGAGAGCAAGCUUCGGAAACUAAGGAAGAUGAGAUACAUAAACGAAGAGGUAAAGGCACCGGACGAAAAAAAAGUUCCAAUUUCCAGCAGGAUUCUUGAACCGGAAAUCUUUCCAGCUGGAAAGACUUACACUUCAAUAACCCACCUCGAAGUGGAUGAUUAUACAGCUGGAACUUUGACAGUUCCCGGCUGAAAUUCGAGCUAGAUAUUCAUCGACUUCGAGCUGAAUUAUAGUGUUAUAUAGCUGAAUUAUCGAACCGGAAAUCUUUCCAGCUGGAAAUGGAACUUUUUUCAUCUGGAGCCCAACAAUCUUUGAAUAGGCUAUAGUCCAUAAGAACUUAAGAACUCUCAACUUAAGAAGUCCAUAGGGGCCCGGCCCAGACGACCGAAGCGCGGCAGUUGAUUGCCUCCGCGACUAAAGAAAUAGUCCCGCUCAUGCACUCGGCAAUUAAUGUUCCCCGAAGGCGGGGAACACAUCGGCCGCCCAGCUCAUGAUGUCAGUCCGGUGUGUGCGCCUAUUCGUGCAAGCUUGUGUGCAUUCGCCUUUGAGGAGGAAAUGCUGCAGACUUCUGAAGUUGUACCCCACCGCAGACGGGUCAUCAUGGGGAUAACUAAAGGUGGGGAGGUAGCUGCCACUGGCAUAGCCGAGGGAGUGUUGGGGGCAAGGGUUCAAACCCAACUGAAAUUUUCACUAUUUGUAUGUAUAUAUGCAGGCACGCAUACAAGCACAUGCCCAAACUUACAUAAAGGGGGGGGGGGGUCACACCCCACGUCCCCAGGAGAAUAUUUCUGGGCAUGCCCCUAAUAGCUGCACCUACUUCUUUCCUUCAACACUGCUCUGAAUGCAAGCCCCUUGAAGGACACAUACACAAAUCUUGGAUGAUUAUUUGCCCUUAGACUCGACAUAGGCAGCGGUGAACUUGGAACAGUACAGAUCCACAUGCAACAGACUGUUCCCAAAUAAUAUGAACUUGUUCAAGGGCGUCACUGUUGUUGAUUGUAGCUGCCUUGGACACUUGUAUACACAAUCUAAAUUGAAGGAAGUACCCUGUUGCAUCUUUUUGUCACUAGAACACUUCCAACGAAAAGUUCAAAGAAUGACAAGUGAAACAAUGUUGUGCAUGGAACUUGUAUUUUGCAAAACUUGAUGCAAUGCUUGUAAAACCUUAGAAGGAGCCCAAAUUUGUACUCAGUGAAAAAUUUAAGCCUAUCUGCAGGUAUGCAGUGUGCAAGCCCAUAAAGGCCAAUUUGAAAGCUGUGUAUUUCAUCAUUCCCAAGACAGGCGAAUUAAUUAGCAUGUUUAAGACUCACCUCUCGUAGAUUUUUAUGAAGCCGCAGUUUUAACCCUUCAAUCACCUUCAAGGUUAAUGGCCGUAGUGUCCUUACUACAAAGCUUCUAGUCUGAACACAUGCUGCCUACAUUCGUGCCCGGAAGCAAGUGAAACUUUCAAACGCUAGUCAGCCAUUCACUCUUUCUAUACCAACGGCCUUGCAUAACCACCUCCUUGUUCAGCAUGGAUGUGUAUGUUGUCUGUUGAACUGCAGCACCGCUUCCUGUGUUUGUUACAAUGCCUGCCAAGUCACCCCCGACAGGCAUGAGUCUGAAUGACGGGUCCGUUGCGGCUGUGCCACAUUCCCAGAAAACGUAGCUCUGUCGAGAGUCUCUCUGCUGUGCGCAGCUGCCGCUCCUAGAUUUAUGCGUAACACAUGCUGGAGUAUAGCUCAGUACGCUGCCUUCACAAAUUUACUUGUGGGAAAGUCGCGCAUUUUCAAGUGGCCACCAGUUUUCAGCACCUCUAGUCAUUAAAAAAUGCACGAGGCUAUGGCUACAGUCAGCUGUUUAUUAGGCGGAGAAGUUCAGUAAGCUUUUCGCAGUGUACUUCCAUGCCAAGUGAUACAGAAGAUUGUUCCCUGUUGUGAAGAUGCAUGUUUAUAUAGGUGGAUACCCUGUUGUUUAAGACAUUCCUCUUUUCCUGAAUGUACUGCACUGUCAAAUCGUGAACACAGCCUGUAGUGAGCAAGUACAGUGUCCACUUUCAAAUGCCUUGGCCGUGCUUUUGAUCCCCAAGAGUGCCAUGCGGCGCCGCGCACUCGCUUGACAAGUUGCAUAAUGAAGCUCCUGUAAAAGUGAUACUUCUCGCGGUAAAGUCAUCUUGAGCAUUUCAUGCCAACUGCAUUUUCACCUCACAGGAUGAUAGACAGCUUGUGUCUGCCAUAACCACGUUUAGGGUCAGUAGGGUAGGUGUUUGUCACACAGAGGAAAGAAGGAAA